CGGAAUGCCCAAUAACAACGAAUAUGGCCAUUUUCUCGGCAACAGACUAUUGGCUUGUCUCUGGAGCUUUAGGCGAAGACGACUCGCGAUAAUACUUAUUGCCAUCAUACUCUCCCUCAUAACACUCUUACAUCUAUCUUCCAACUUCGACAUCUCCCUCUACAUCCCGCACAUCACCAUCGAGUUCCAAGAAAAGAAGCGCAUCUCGCCCUAUAACACGUCCAAAGUCGCCCUCCUCAUCGAAAAUCGUCCCAAUGCCAUCCUCGCCCCUCUCAUGCUGCACUUCAUCUCCGUCGUGCCCCCCGACUGGCACUUCCGCUUCAUGGGCUCCCCCCUUUCCGUAGCCUCCAUCAACCGCUCCGUGGCAAUCCGUCACCAGGUCGCCGCCGGGAAGCUCGAUCUCACGUACAUACCCGAGAACAUGAGCACCAACGGGCAGGAGGAGAUUAGCCAGUUUCUCACCACGCUGUGGUUGUACGAGGCUGUGCUCCAGCCGGCAGAAUGGCUGCUGGUUUUCCAGACGGACUCCAUGCUCUGCGGAAACAGCAGGCUGAAUCUCAACGACUAUCUGGAAUACGACUGGGUUGGCGCGCCGUGGAACCCUGGCGGGCAGUGGGGUGGCAAUGGAGGAUUGUCGCUGAGGCGCGUGAGCCGCAUCAUCGACAUCUUGCGCAAUCAACGGCGGGCCAAUGACUCUGAGCCUGAAGACGUAUGGCUCUCUGAACGCCUUGCUCACCAUCCCGGCGGAAAGGUUGCCAACGGAUCCGUCUCGAUGACCUUUUCGGGAGAGAUGCACGAUGGACGUUCCAGCACCUCUAGCACCUCUUCUAACAUAAAUCACGCUGACAAUGACGACUAUGUCGCAGGGGUUGAUGACUGGAGAGCGGGAUUCUACGAGCCAAUGGGCUACCACAUUGGUGGGAGUGGUUCUUUUCUACAUAGCCCAAUCUGGGGAAUGCCAGAACUGCGAGAACAUGUGUGGAAAUACUGUCCGGAGAUCAAGAUGACGCUGGCCAUGGACGUAGCCAAGUAUAUCCCGGGGAACUGCGGCGCAAGCUGGGCAUAG